AUGAAUGUCUUUAGGUUUUGUGGGGAUAUGACGCAUCUGAUGAGUGUCAUCGUCCUGCUCCUCAAGAUCCACACCAUCAAAUCUUGCGCUGGUACAUCUCGGAUCUCCUUUUUUCCAAUAUUCGGUUUCUUUCAUCCUUGGUUUUGUUUGGGCUCUCUGAAAGGCACGAAUUUUGGUUCUCGAUUGGUGGGUUUCUGAGAUUUUUUGACGUGUGAUGUACGGAAUUGAAGAGUUGGGUUCUUUUUUAUGAGGCAUGGCUUUGCCAAGGGAUUGUUUAUUAUAUUCCUAACUUUAUGAUACGACAGAAAGUGGAGUUCCUGUCGCAGAAACUGUGGAUUUUGUCGUGGAUCCUUCGUGCAUAACAUGACAUAGAAAGCUUUUAAGACAUGGGAAUUGGAUAUCACAGCCAUUAAGAGUCUCCAUUUGGACCAAGAUACUGUGAAAGUCUAGUAAGAGAGAUCGAAGUGCUAGGAGGGUUUAGCCUAGGAGGGGGGUGUCUUUCGAGUAUGAGCAGAAACCGGUUAGCCUAGGAGAAACCGGUCUUAAAAGCUUAGGAACCGGUUAGCCUAGGAGGGGGGUGUCUUUCGAGUCUCGCGAAAUAGCAAAAAAGGAUCUUCUUAGCUAACGAAAUCCUUGAAAGAUCAUGCAAUUUUAUUUUUUUUCUUUCUAUUAUUCUCCUCAAAUAGGUCUCAUGGAUUAAAAUCUUGUGUGAUGAUAUGAAUGAGUAAGUCAUGCAGGCAGACAAAGUUGUGGUGUGGUGUGGUAUAAAAUAGACUAAAGAUAGAGUGGGAAGGGGUUAAUGUGAAGGUCAGUGUUCAGGAAAUGCAAUCAGGAAAUUAACUCACUUAGUCCCUUCAACUCUGCAUAGUUUCCUCCAUUGAUCCACCCCCUGUUAUUAAGUGGAGGCUCAUUCUGUUUCAUGGAACUUGUGCGACAGAAUAGGAUUUUUAACCUUAAUUACUUGAAUCUUGAAAAUUAGUGUUACCUCCUUUAGUUUGGGUAAUUUCUAUCACUUUUUUUCCUUUCCACUUUGCACCCUGAGAAGUUUGCAGUGUAUCUAUGUUGUUUCCCGGGGAUUGCUGUGGUUAAUCAUGCGUCUUCCUUAAUCAGUUUUAUACGAAAUUUUGUAGCUUAUUCUUCAUUAUUAUUGUAAUGCUUGCUUUGUAGGAUGCAAAAUUAUCUCUCAUGUACAGUAACGUAGUUUCUUAGUCAUACUUAUAUAAUAAUAAUACAUGGAAGUUUGGGGCCGGUCUUUUCUGGUGGGUAGAAUUUUCGUAUUUUCGCAUUUCAUUACCGCAGACUUGGUUUAAACAUAAGACAUUGCUAAUAAUUUUUUCAGGGAUUUCGCUGAAGACCCAAGAACUCUACGCCCUUGUCUUUGCUACUCGUUACUUGGACAUCUUCACUCAUUUUAUCUCAUUGUACAAUACUGUCAUGAAACUGAUUUUCUUGGGGAGUUCUUUCUCAAUUGUCUGGUACAUGAAGCGGCACAAGAUUGUCCGUAGAUCAUAUGAUAAAGAUCAGGACACGUUUCGUCAUCUGUUCCUUGUGUUGCCUUGCGUACUUCUGGCCCUUGUCAUCAAUGAGAAGUUCACCGUCAGAGAGGUAAAAUGCUCUACUCUUGUAGUUUUACUUUCCUUUACUUCAUUCUUCUGGUUGAUGGGAUGGGAUUAUUCUUUGCAUGAUGACCAAAUCUAGGGGUUCAUCUUUUUUCAUUGUCAAUAUAUGCAUGUAAUGAGAGUGACUGAGAGAGAUAUAUGAUACUUUACUUGUUUGGUUACUGUUUGUGCCAUGUUUGCCUUCUUUGUUCAUUCUUUUCUCCUUCAAGUCUGUUUGAAGAUAGUCUUUUAUUUGCUGAAACAGGUGAUGUGGUCGUUCUCCUUGUAUUUGGAAGCUGUUGCUAUACUUCCUCAGCUCGUUCUUUUGCAGAGGACCAGAAACGUCGACAAUUUGACUGGCCAAUACGUUUUCCUCCUGGGGUGACAUUUCGACUCUCAAACCUCCAGAUCUUUUUCUGACAUUUUGAGUCAACGUGUUUACUUAGUUUUCUAUAAUUUUUUAUUGGAGUUUUUUUAAUAUAGUUCUCUUUGUCUUGUAAUUUUGCCCAUUUAUGAUUUUUUUAUGAGAUAAUUGUAAUCUAUGGUUUAAGUUCCUGUUCUACUGUUUCUCAUCUUUUUGGGGAGCAUUGAUCUUUUUCCUGGAACCUCCUCUGAAGAUAACCCACCUGCUGCAUUGUAGCUCUGAAAGUCAUUAGUUGAGUCUGAAUGAAAAUUAUUAUAUGUUCUAUGCUGAUGAAUGAUGGUUCAGAAUGAGUUUGAGAAGACAGGGGAUGGGGAGAAAAGUCUUAAAGAUCUACACUUGAUAGAUUAUUCCCCCUGUCUAUCCACUGUCAUAAAACUACCCAACUCUGUUGGACUAUGGAGGAUCUAUAAUAGCUUUUGGGAUGUGUUGUGGUCCAAAGACAGUCAACUCUGAUGUUGGAAGAUUCUUUUAUCUUCUAUUCUUGGAGGAUGAUUGUGAAGGAACAAACACUGGGUACCUCCUCAGUAGUUCUUGCCCCUUGAUGUUCUUCCAUGUUAAUAUGCUGCCUCAUCUCUUCAACAACAGAAACCAGCACCCCAUCCGAGAUAGAUUGACUGUGUGAAAACCUCGAAUACCUUCAUGGAAUCAUUGUAGAGCUGCCAUACUUCAGCCUCAUGCAUGGAUUUCUUAGCUCUCCACCUUUAAUCCUGUACUCCUGUCAUGGAUUGCUUUAUAGCAGCUCUACGAUGAUUCUCUGUGUGCUCCUUUUUAUGCCCAUCUUGUGGUUGAAUUGCACAAUAACCUCUACAUUGACCUUGGUUUGAACUUUAAUGUCUCUUCUAUCUGAACUUAGAAUGAUUCACGUAUCCUUUCUUGCUUAUAAUUCUUCUAUCCAUGGGAGGACGUAAUGCAUAGAGUAGUGCUUAAGGUGCCUGUUCGCUGUGACAUUGGGCAGCUGUGUGCAAGUGGUGGUUUCCUCUUUUAGUAGCUCUGUGGGAGUGAAGGUCAGCUUCAGGGGGAAAGCUGGGAGGAAGGAGAGGGAAAGGAGGAGAUAGAACAAGUUAGGGAAGGUUCAGGAGAUAAGGAUAGCAUUUCAGAUUACCACCUCCAUUAUAUAUAUAAGUAACUUUCCUAAUGGCUCACUCUGAACAUGUCCUGUCAUGGAGUUAGGACUGAGAUGGGGAUCGAUGCCAUCUCAAGAACUUUUUGAGCGGUGGCGAGAGUGAGGUGAAUUGAUCCAUGGAGAUUGAGAACUAGCGUAAUGGUACCUGCCUUCAAGAACAGUGUCCAAUGGUUCAGUAUGAAAUCAGGGAAAGGCCAUUGAAGACGUAACACUGGAGUCACGCUCUUUUUGACUUUUGUCUGCAACAGACACCACACUUAUGGAGAAGAUUGAUGGGGGAGGAGCAGAAACUUGGCCUGGAAACCAAUUAAACGACGACAAAAUUCGUCCUUUAUUAUUUUUAUUUUAUUUUCUUAUUGAUUUUUGCUCUACUGUUAGUCGCAAUUAGUGUUUGUGGGCCCCUAGAUUAUUGGGAAUAGGCUUGAUAUAGAAAAUAUUCAGAAAUUUUGAUGAUCUCCAACUUUCGGCAUGAUUCUGGUGCAUUAAAUAUUUUUUUCUCAGGGAAAAAACCCAGUAAAUAAAUAUUUUCUUUGAAUAUUCCCUCACCCCCCCCCCCCCAAAGUCUCUUUUAAGUCAACAUGCAGAGGAUCAGAUGGUUGGAUAUCAGCAGCUGUUCAAAUAUUUGACUGUUAUAAGCCCAAUUCAUGCAUGAGGAUCAGAUGGUUGGAUAUCAGCACUGUUCAAAUAUUCUGUUAUAAGCCCAAUUCAUCCAUAAUUUGCGAUGACCAAACCAAUCCAAUUCAGACUAGAACUAACCUACCUGAGCCUGAUCCUUGCUGCACAAUUAGAAUACAUCUCCAUACUCUGGGGGCCUUCCUCUUUUCCAUCACUGCCUUCCAUAUUCAACCAUCAUAUCAUCUCCAGCUUCUUCUCCACUCACGGUUUCCCUUUUUGAUGCAGUGCGUACCGGGUAUUAUACAUGGUCAACUGGAUCUACCGAUACUUCACCGAGCCGCACUAUGUUCAUUGGAUCCGUGGGACUUCCUUUCCUAAAAUCCUUCCAGUUCCCACCCCCCACCCUGUCAGCUGUUCCCAUCAAAAGCUAAUACACUUGCCAUUUUGGGUGCAGCUUGGUUAGCUGGGCUCGUGCAGACUCUGCUCUAUGCCGACUUCUUCUACUACUACUUCCUCAGGUGAUCAAUCCCUCCUCUGUUGCUGCCAUAGAAUGAACAAACAUGGGCUGAACUCUUGUUGACUGUGCUCAGCUUGAAGAACAACGUCAAGCUUCAAAUACCCGCUUGA